AGCCCCACGCAAACGACAGGGCUUAUAGUCGGGCAAUUACGGGCGCUUUGGUCGCGCGGCUGCCACUGGGCAUGCCCAGUCCCGGGUCACGUGAUGUCUGUCAUGGCCGCCUCCGUGGCCCGGGGAGGCGUGAGUGCUGGGCUGCUGCUGCGGGCGGCCAGGGGAACCUGGUGGAGCCGGCCCGGAGGCAGUUGGGGGUCUGGGGAGGCGGCGGCGCCAGCGACAGCCAGAGGAUUCCGAGCGACAGGCUCGCACCCGGCGGGGGAGGAGGAAGCUGGCGGCCCCGAGCGGCCCGGGGACGUGGUGAACGUGGUGUUCGUAGACCGGUCAGGCCAACGGAUUCCGGUGAGCGGCAGAGUGGGGGACAAUGUUCUCCACUUGGCCCAGCGCCACGGAGUGGACCUGGAAGUCUAGACACACUGGCUUUCUUGCUGUUCCUCAAACAAAAAACCAAGUUCGUUCCUGCCUCGGGGCUUUUGCACUUGCUGCUCCAGACAUCUGAAGUACUUUCCCACCAGAUCUUCUGGCUCUCCAUCUCAUCCUUCAGGUCUCAAUGGGCCUGUGAAGCUUCCCUGGCGUGCUCCACCUGCCAUGUGUACGUGAGCGAGGACCACCUGGACCUCCUGCCUCCUCCUGAUGAGCGGGAGGACGACAUGCUGGACAUGGCCCCCCUUCUUCAGGAGAACUCCCGGCUGGGCUGCCAAAUCGUGCUGACUCCAGAGCUGGAAGGGGCCGAAUUCACCCUGCCGAAGAUCACCAGGAACUUCUACGUGGACGGCCAUGUCCCCAAGCCCCACUGACGUGGGCAGCCGUCGUGGCCCUCGGGGCCAGGACUGGAAGAAUAGCCAAGCCGCCCGCCCAGCCCAGAGCGUGGACAGGCCCGAGAGAGAUGUUGGGAGCAGCCAGAAGCCCAAAGCCCCUGCUUCAGAUCCCAUGUCCAGGCUCUGGUUGGGGGGUGGGAGGGGCACCAACCCCUGCCCGGGAGCCUCCCCCAAACUCAGGAGAAUCAGUGUGUGGAUGGGGUGGAAUCUGACUGGAAUGACAAUAAAACUGUCUCACAGAC